GACGACUCGAUUCAAUUUAUAGACACGCCAAUACACUCUCUGUCCUACCGCUCUCCACUCGCCUUUAAUUCCGACAAUUCAAACGAGUUCCUCUUAUUCCGAACAUGGCGAUAUCCCGCAGUCGUCGACGUUCGAACGGUCUAGGCAUUGUCUUGGUGUGGACGAUCUUUAUUUCUGCCGUGUGGGGUUGGACGCCACCAUUGCGGGGUUCGUCGCGACUUUUUUUAGAUUCGGCCGAUCCUAACGUUUGGAAUGAGAUUCUACCGACAGGGAUGUUUUACGGGAUUACCACGAAUCCUACCCUGUUGGAACGGAGCAACCAACCCUGCACGGUCGCCAAUCUUCAGCGCCUGGCCAACCUCGCCUUGCGGCCACCGACUCCCGACGGCUUCGCCGUUGAAGAAUUCAUGUGUCAAGCCUGGGGAGAGACGGUAGAGGAAUUGUACACGGUAGGGAUGCAAUUGACGGACGACCAACGUGUGGUGGACCAGGAUCGGAUCGUCGUCAAGGUGCCCGUCACCUUUUACGGCACGCAAGCGGCCGCCAAAUUGAUCCGCGCUGGUCGUCGCGUCUGUUUGACGGCGUGCUACGACCCCUCCCAGGUACUCAUUGCGGCCAAUCUGGGCGCAGAUUACCUGGCCCCCUACGUGGGACGCAUGGACGACACCGGCCGGAACGGUGCCGCCGAAGUUUCCGCCAUGUUGGAAAUGGUGGAUGGCCUCCAGGCGGAUACCCGCAUUCUCGUGGCGUCCGUACGUGACGUGCUGGUCUGGAAGGAAUUGGCGGCCGAAGGCUGUGAUACCUUCACCGUCGCGCCCGAAGUGGUCGCUCAAUUGUUCCGGGAGCCGUUGACGGACGAAGCCGCAGCGGUGUUUCAGGCCGCCGCGUGGCGGAAUGCGCGGUGA